UCUGCCACGGAAAUGCCAGCUUACACGCCCAUGUGAAGUUCUGCAGCUGCUCUUAUCAACCAGAAGUAUUCGAUCAAGAGGCCGGACUGUAUAGAUAUCUAUGCACGUCUGACUUCACCGGAUGCGGCGUCUAUGUGCUGAUAAAGUGUGAUAAAAUAUGUCAUCCAAAGCUGUUUAUUCGCAUAGAGACCCUAUGCUGAAGAAGAGAGAUGACUUUGAGGACAUUUUGGAGGAGAGGAGGAACUCCAGUGACCUCAGAUACGCUCUCAGAUGUUACACUCCUGUUCUUUACAAGGGAGUGUCUCCCUGCAAAGCCGGCAUGCUGAAGAACAUGGUGCUUCAGUCUGAUCAGCUACACUAUGUCAUCAAUCAGGUUUCCAAAGACACAGGCAGGGCUGUUGAUGACAUCCAGGAGGAGGCAUCGGCCAUCUUGGAGGAGAUGGCUCACCGCAUGCAGCUCAGCACCAUUCGCUUUUUCGCCUUCACACUCAGCAAAGUCUUCAAAACCUUGUUCAGGAGCAUCUGUGUCAAUGAAGAAGGCAUUCAGAGGCUCCAACAGGCCAUUCAGGAGCACCCAGUCGUCCUACUACCCAGUCACCGUAGUUACAUGGACUUCCUGCUGAUGUCAUACCUCCUGUACACCUACGACCUGGCUCUGCCUGUCAUUGCUGCAGGAAUGGACUUCAUGGGGAUGAAGUUUGUUGGGGAGAUGCUGCGGAUGUCUGGAGCUUUCUUCAUUCGACGGUCGUUUGGUGGAGACAAACUGUACUGGGCCGUCUUCUCAGAAUACGUCAAGACCAUGCUUAAGAAUGGACUUGCACCAGUUGAAUUUUUCCUGGAGGGGACGAGAAGCCGAACGUGCAAGUCUUUGACUCCAAAGUUAGGUCUGUUGAAUAUAGUGAUGGAUCCAUUCUUUAAGGGAGAAGUGUUUGACGUUAACUUGGUCCCAAUCAGCAUCAGCUAUGAGAGGAUCCUGGAGGAGGCGCUCUAUGCCAGAGAACUACUGGGUGUACCCAAACCCAAAGAGUCCACUUCAGGUCUGAUUAAAGCCAGAAAGGUCCUCAGUGAAGACUACGGCAGUAUCCAUGUGUACUUUGGUCAACCUGUGUCCGUCAGAAGUUUAGCCGAGGGCAGAGUUAACCGCUCCCAGUUCAACCUGGUACCAAGACACAUCCCUAAGAAGCCUGGUGAGGAGAUCCACAAAUUUGUGAAUGACUCGGCCUACAGGCUGGUUCGGGCCCAGGAGGAGAACAUGGUCCUGAAGCCGUGGGUCCUUCUGGCCUCCCUGCUGCUCCAGAACCACCACCAGAACAAGGAGCUGGGGCAGAAACAGGGGAUAGCACUGGACGAGCUGACUGAACGAGCUGUGUGGCUCAGGGAUCUUUCCCGACAGUAUGGAGCCUUCCUCCACUGGCCUGACCACAUGCCUCCAUCAGAAGUAGUCUCCUCCAGCCUUUCACUGCACCGAGGUCUAGUGAAGAUCUCUGAGGGGAGAGUCCAGCUGGCAUUGGAACAUGCAGGAGGACAAGCGGGGGCGGGGGAACGCCCCAGCACUCUUACCCCAGAAGAGGAGCUUAUGGGCCAGGCAGUCAUCGUACUCUCCUGCGCCUCCUACAGGAACCAGGCACUGCACGUCUUCCUCCGUCCAGCGCUGUUGGCCUCGGCCAUCCACACUGCCUCCUCCAACAAGAAACAGGAGGUGUUUAACAGCUUCAGCUUCCUCAGAAACAUGUUCUCCAACGAGUUCAUCCUCUGUCCUGGAGCUACAGUGCAGGACUUUGAGGAGGCCUGUUAUCUCCUGGUGAAGACCGGAGCUCUGCAGGUUACCCAGCAGGAGGUUCUGGUGACUGAAAGAGGACAAAGAACACUGAGCUUCCUCACUAGUUUGCUAGAUCCCUUCUUACAAGGAUACCAGGUGGUGUGCGGGUUCCUGUGUGAAGACAACACAGAGGCACUGACAGAAAAACAGUUUAUUCCUGUCGUCCGGAAGUUCAUCAUCAAACAUCUUCUAGCAGGUAGACUAAGAUACACUGAGGUGCUGUCAUCUGACCUCCAGAAGAACGCUCUGGCAGCGUUGCUAAGACUUGGAGCUGUACGGAAAAUCAAGGGAGCGGAGCAGGGAACUUUAAAGGUCAACAAGGUGAUGGUGAACUCAUUGGAAGACACUCUAGGAGGAAGACUCCCAACUCAGAAAGCCGUCACCGCUCGCCUCUAAUUCACCGACCUCAUUAGCCAAAGGAGAUGAGAGACGAUGAAGGGUCGAUUGUUUUUUAUCUGCAUCGACAUCUCAGCUCUUCUGCGCGUGGUACAGCACAAGUUGGCGCGGCUUGUCAUAAAGGAGGUCCAACCUAACUAACUGCUUUCUAUGAGAGGUGGAACAAAAGCCAUCUGGAGACAGCUCAGAGCCUUUUAUUUUCUUUUUCUUUAAUUUCUCUAUCUUCUUCUCACCUCUCUUUUCAAAAUGCCUUCUUCUUCCUGAGACUCUUCUAUUGAAAAUCUUUUAUAUACGUACAUAAAACCAGACGAUGAGUAAGGCCUUUGAGGGUGUAUUGCUUUUGGCUCAUUCUGAAUAACUAACCUUUUGCAGCCUUGUGAAAGCUUCUGAAUGUGCCAACUCCACUCAGGAUAGUGGCCAUUUUCCAUUAAUGCAUUUGAUAUGUAUCCACUAACUCUCAGCGUGGCUUUUCUUUCUGUUAUUCUCAGUGCACCCUUUCAUCCAAGCUUCAGUUUGUUUGGUAUUAGCUGUCUCUCCUAGUCUUGCCUCUCUUUUAUUUUGAGCACUUUAAUGAAUUUAUUCAUGCAAUGUGGUGUGGACCUGUAUCUUAACUGUCCUUUCGUGCACUGUUUUCUCUUUUUUUCCCUAAUUUUUUUCUGCUUGUUUUUUUGUGCGUGAAACAGUUGCUAAACUGGAUGGAUAAGAAAAAUAUUGAAUCUGGUACAAAUAAUUUUUUUUUGCACUGUAUGAACUAAAAAGUUUAUAUAUUUGAGUUGAACUUGCCACGAACCAAAGGCCUACUUCAAAAAUAGUACCAGGAGUCAGUGUUGGUUCAAGUUUGCCACCCAGCCACAGGCCUUUUGCCAACAGUCCGAGGUACAAGGACACGCAGUACAUUCGUCUUUGUUUACACAGUGGAGAUGAUGCUACAAGUCUAAUGGCAGUGCCACAGAGUUGCCAAACUCCAGAUGAAAUUGCAGUUAGUUAUACUGAAGCACUACUAGCUACACCAAAGGAGUAAGUUUUUGUUGAGUUUUUGUUCACUGUUUGGGGAUAAUUUACAUGUUUUCUCAUGUUCUCAAGUCUAGGAUAGUUACUGAAGUUGCUUCAUAGUUACUGUGUUUUUUAAAAGUCAGGAUAAAUUCAAAAGUUGUUUAAUAUUUAGCCUUUAUUUAUAUUAAAAAUAAGUGAUACGCACCUCAUAUAAUUUUGUUACAAGGGAAAGAAGAAGCAGAAGAACAGACGAGUAACACAUCAGGACUUUAUGAACAAGGAGCUUGAGGAGUUGGGCCAAUGGGUGAUUUUUUUUUUUUUUUUUUUUGGGGGGAGACUCAGGAUUACCUACUGACACAUUGUUCAGAAGUGUGCAAAGUUUUUAUCAACGUUUUCAAAUUAAAACUAGGGUAGUUUAAAAAUCCUUAUAUUGAAGCUAUUUAUUUGGUAGCGAACUAGCAGUGCAAUCCUGUUACCUUGAAACCCCAUCUCAGUGUCAGCAGCAGAUUGAGUUUUACUGAUACAAGCAGAGCUGCUCGGGAGGCUGAAGAAGACCAAUCAGCUGAGUUAAACUUCAUGGUCAAAACAAAAAGCCACAGGUUCUCUGGCACUUCAUCUGCAUCUUAACAAAAACACAGGUCCAAUAUUCCUGUAAAACACUGGCUAAUCAUAUGGCUGAUAUUCCUCAAGUUUCAAGUUUUUUUACCUUGAUGUUUAGCUAAUUUUGAAACUUGCCAAAGUCGCCUGUAUAUCUUUCACUUCAAAAUUAUAUGCCACCUUCAUCUUCUUUGAUUUGAUGUUGCCAGAUACUCAGCUUGAAACACCUGUUCUUAGGCUUCCCUCACUGAGGUUAAUUCAGUCACCAACACAGCAGCUCUGCGUUGAAGAAAUCUUUGUACAGCUAUAAUCUGCUUGUCAACAUGUCAUCCAAAGUGUUUUUUUUUCAGCAGCUUUUAUAUAAUGUCUAAAUAUUUGAUUCCUUUGUGUAUUUGUGCGUUUGUGUGUAUGUUGUAUGUUUUGGGUGAGGCCUUUUAGUACUCAGUGUACAGGCUGAUGAAAUACAAGAGCAUGUUAAUAAAGUGUUUUGAAAUACAAAUCAUAGCCCA